AGAAUGCCGGCCCCUAUCAGACUGCGGGAGCUGAUCCGGACUAUCCGGACAGCGCGCACACAGGCGGAGGAGCGGGAGAUGAUCCAGAAGGAGUGUGCAGCAAUUCGCUCAUCAUUCCGCGAGGAGGACAACACCUAUCGGUGCCGCAAUGUGGCAAAGCUACUGUACAUGCAUAUGCUGGGGUACCCUGCUCACUUUGGACAGUUGGAGUGCCUGAAGCUUAUCGCCUCUCAGAAGUUCACAGAUAAACGGAUUGGGUACCUCGGUGCAAUGCUUCUCUUGGAUGAGAGACAAGAUGUCCAUUUGUUGAUGACAAACUGCAUCAAGAAUGACCUGAAUCAUAGCACUCAGUAUGUGCAAGGGUUGGCGCUCUGUACAUUGGGCUGCAUGGGAUCCUCCGAAAUGUGCAGAGAUUUGGCAGGAGAGGUGGAAAAACUACUGAAAACGUCCAAUUCUUACCUACGGAAAAAGGCUGCUCUGUGCGCUGUUCACGUCAUCAGAAAAGUCCCCGAGCUCAUGGAAAUGUUUUUACCAGCAACAAAGAACCUGCUCAAUGAGAAGAAUCAUGGAGUUCUUCACACCUCAGUCGUGCUCCUCACAGAGAUGUGCGAGCGGAGCCCAGAUAUGCUCACUCACUUUAGGAAGCUCGUCCCUCAGUUAGUUCGAAUACUUAAGAACCUCAUUAUGUCCGGAUAUUCUCCAGAGCAUGAUGUGUCUGGCAUCAGUGACCCCUUUUUGCAGGUUCGAAUAUUAAGGCUUCUGAGAAUCCUUGGUAGAAAUGACGAUGACUCGAGUGAAGCCAUGAAUGAUAUCUUGGCUCAGGUUGCAACCAAUACUGAGACCAGUAAAAACGUUGGCAAUGCUAUUCUGUAUGAAACGGUUUUGACAAUUAUGGAUAUAAAAUCAGAAAGUGGCCUGCGGGUACUGGCUAUUAAUAUUUUAGGAAGAUUCUUAUUAAAUAAUGACAAGAAUAUCCGAUAUGUGGCUUUGACUUCCCUGUUAAAGACGGUUCAAACGGACCACAAUGCAGUACAGAGACACCGCAGCACCAUUGUGGAUUGUCUGAAAGACUUGGACGUGUCUAUUAAGCGGCGCGCAAUGGAGCUGAGCUUUGCUUUGGUGAACGGAAACAACAUUCGUGGCAUGAUGAAAGAGCUGCUAUACUUCCUGGACUCCUGUGAACCCGAAUUUAAAGCCGACUGUGCCUCUGGGAUCUUCCUAGCUGCAGAAAAGUAUGCUCCUUCAAAAAGGUGGCACAUAGACACUAUUAUGAGAGUCCUCACUACGGCGGGAGGUUAUGUACGAGAUGACUCGGUCCCAAAUCUUAUUCAGCUCAUCACCAAUAGCUCAGAGAUGCACGAAUACACCGUACAGAAGCUCUACAAGGCAUUAGUGGAUGACAUAUCUCAGCAACCGCUGGUCCAGGUGGCCUCCUGGUGUAUAGGAGAGUAUGGAGACCUGCUGGUGUCUGGACAAUGUGAAGAAGAAGAGCCAAUCCAGGUCACAGAAGAUGAAGUUCUGGAUAUUUUAGAGAGCGUUCUCAUCUCAAACAUGUCCGCAUCAGUUACCCGUGGCUUUGCCCUGACGGCCAUUAUGAAAAACUCCACUAGGUUCAACAACACUGUAAAUCGCAUAAAGAAGGUGGUUUCAAUCUACGGCAGCAGCAUUGAUGUCGAGCUGCAGCAAAGAGCGGUGGAAUACAAUGCUUUGUUUAAGAAGUAUGACCAUAUGAGGUCUGCACUUUUGGAGAGAAUGCCCAUCAUGGAGAAAACUCUCUCAAAUGGACCAACAGACUUGGCCCAAACCAACGGAGAAACAGAACUUGCGAUAACAGAAAGUAAACCAGUUCCAUCCAACCAGCAGCCAAUCAGCCAGGCUAAUGAUUUAUUAGACCUCUUAGGAGGAAACGAUAUUCAGUUGGUUAUUCCCACAGCGCCUCCUCCUAAACAGUCAUCUGCCGGAGGGGAACUAUUAGAUCUUCUUGGAGACCUAAACCUUGGUGGGCCUCCUGCUCCCAUCCCUCAGAUGCCGGCCCCUCAGCUCUUGUUAGACGGACUCUCAUCACAGCCUCUGUUCAAUGAUAUUUCAGGUAUUCCACCCAUCACUGCAUACAACAAGAAUGGCUUGAAGAUAGACUUCACUUUCGAGAGAUCCGGUGGAAACUCCAAUGUGACUGUGAUAACGACACAGGCGUCCAACAGCACGGAUAGUGAAAUGACAGACUUUGUGUUCCAGGCGGCAGUACCAAAGACGUUCCAGCUGCAGCUCCUCUCCCCAAGCAGUAAUGUCCUUCCAGCAUUCAACUCUGGGAGUGUCACACAGGUCAUUAAAGUUCUCAACCCCCAGAAACAACAGCUGCGCAUGCGGAUCAAAUUGACAUAUAAUCAUAAGGGCUCGGCUAUGCAGGACCUUGCCGAAGUAAGCAACUUCCCUCCUCAGUCCUGGCAAUAAGAUGGAGCUGUGCCCAUGCUCACUCUCCCCACCCCAGCUGAAGGAACUCUGGGCUGAAGCCUCUGCCCCUGGAUUGCCAAUGAUUGCACUUUGGGCCUUGGGGAAGCAGAGAAGAUUGAGGGACAUUCUGCCACUGAAUGACGCAAUGAACGCAAGGCGAGGACAUUGCUGCUCCUCCUAUUUCCAACUUGGGACGGAGCAGCCUGGCCUCUCCAGAUCCUCGCCUGUACCACAGGGAAACAGUCGGCUUUCCCUGAAUGGAUCUCCUGGGAUUUUGUGUUCUUACCCUCCCCAUCUCACUCUGUACAUUCCUGCAGCCUUGUUUCCCCACUCACACUCGCCUACCCUCCGGACUCUUU